AUGCGCCCAGAGCGUUACCUGCUGCUGCUGCAGCAGCUGCAGCAAGCUUCCCAGUACAACGAAGACAGCAGCAGCAGCAUCGGCGGCAGCAGCAGCAACAACAACAGCAGCAGCAGCAGCAGACGGAGAAGGUGCAUAGAAGAGGAGGAUACUGUUGCCAUACAGAAGUGGCUGCUUAUUCGUGUAGAUGCAAUCCCUGGUCCUUUGCUGCUGCGGUGUCUGCUGCAGCUGGAGCAGCUGCGCAUGUGCAACAGGUUGCUGCUGUAUGCUGCAGCACCUGUGCUGCUGCUGCAGUUGCCGCAGCUGCGGCUUCAAGGCUGCCUACAGAUGCUGCAGCUGUACGUACACCGCAAAGCAGCAAGACCGCAAAUGUGCAUGCAGCUGGCUGAUUGGAUUGCUGCAGCGGAUGCCCCCAUCCAUUCAUUUUGGCAGCAGCAGCAGCAGCUAGAUCAUCAGCAGCAGCAGCAGCAGCAGCAGCAGCAGCUAGAUCAGCAGCAGCAGCAGCAGCAGUUCCGUAACCAAGAAAGGCAGCAAAAUUACAACGCAGAGCAGCAGCAGCAAUUAGAUCAUGCACAGCUGCACCAGCAGCAGCAACAGCAACAACAACAACAACAACAGCAGCAGCAGCAGCGACAGCAGCAGCAUGCAACGCAGCUGCAGCAGCUGCCGCCAUCCCUCUUGGCAGGCGCAUGCGAAGUCGCAGCAAAGAUGCCCGUCAGUCAGCGGGUGCUGCUCCAAGUUGGAGGAGAGGAGAGUGCAGCAGCAGCUGCUGCGCUGCAGCAGCUGCUGCAGCAGCCCGAGGGGGUGGGAGAGGUGUUAGGGUUGGGGGGUAAGUGGAUUGCUGCGGUGUAUCUGGGCAGCAGCGACUUGCGAUGCCGGUUGCUGCUAGUUGCGCAUACACUGGACGCGCGGCAGACGGCUACAGUCUUGUGGGCUAUUAACCGUUGCCUGCGUCCCCACAGCCGCCGCGCCCGUAGCCUUACGAGUUUAUCGCCUGCAGCAGCAGCAGGAGCAGCAGCAGGGGCAGGGGCAGGAAGAGCAGCAGGAAGAGCUGCUGCAGCAAACACAGCAGCAGCAGAAGUAGAUGAGGCUUGGGUACCACCUGCUGCUCUAUUAGAGGCCCUCCAUGACCGCGUAAGAGACACCUUUGCUACUAUGAGCAACCAAGGUCUCUGCAAUUCUAUUUUGGCGUUAGCUGCAACCCUUGGCCGCACACCAGAGAAGAGAGACAAUCUCUUCUUCCUUGAUCCUUCUUAUCAGUUGCGGAUCGCUAAGCGCUUCUACGGCUUCCAGGCAGAGGACGUUGCAACCCUAGCCUCCGCCAUAGCCCUGACACGUGGGGCCCCAUUGCUGCAGCAGCGGUUGCUGCACGCUGCGGCAGAUGCAGCAGACACCUUCAGCGCGACGCAGCUCUCGCAAGUUUUAUAUGCCUUUGGACUGCUACGCGGCAGCACCCAUCUGUUUGCAAGUCUUCAGUUUACGAUGUUAGAGCGACUUGACCAAUUCUCCGUCCCGGAGCUCUGCGACGCCAUGUGGGCAUUCGCCGUUGCUCGCUUCCACGAUGCAAACUUUUGGGCACCCUGCCUCAACCUCAUUCCCCUCGAGCGGCUGAUGGGGGACGACCGCUGCGCAUUGCUGUUUCCAGCUGUCGACGAGAUAGUAGGAGAUGCCUUCUGGGCACUUCAGUUGGAGGAGCAUCCAGCUAACUUUGCGGAGAACGUCGCAGAGGUUGUGCGGUCGCUAGGAUAUACUCCCUGCCUCAGGGCGGAUGCUUCGGGGCAUCUUAUAGACGUUUUGGUAGAGCUAGAAGUGCCACGAAAAGCUGUCUGUGGACGCCGAAGGGGUCCUGAGGCCCAACGAGGGGUUUCCCAUGGAGCGCAGGUGGCGCUGCUAUGCCACGCAGACGCGCAGCUCCAAGGGGGGUCCAACAAACCUGGAGAGGUUCCAUCUCCCUUAGGCCAUUCUAUGCUCAAGCAUCGCCACCUGGGGCGCCAAGGGUUUCAUGUUGUGAAUUUAAUGUGGAGUGUGUGGCAGAAACUCACGAUGCAGAAGCAAGUGGCGUUGUUACAGCGCGAGAUAGACAGAGCUAAGGCGAACAAAGGAGCUUCAAAAGCAACUUCAGAUGCAGCAUCGGCGGGAUAG